AUGGCAUCGCGUUCUCGGUCCCCUUCGCGGGGCCGUCAGAGAUCUCUGACGCGCUCCAUGUCCUCGCGCUCUGAUGAUUCGCGCUCUCCCCGACGACGCCGCUACGACUCGCGCAGUCCGUCGCCUAUAACCCCGCCGCCUCGUCGCAACGGGCGGUACCGAAGCGACAGUCAAGGCUGGAGUCGAGGCCGCGGAAGAGAUAGCAGAGAGGCCAGUGAGUCUCCAUUAGCAAGAAGCACAAAGAUUGUCGUGGAACGCUUGUCCAAGAAUAUCAACGAGGAUCACCUCCACGAGAUAUUUGGCCAGUUUGGCCCCAUCAAGGAUCUUGAUCUGCCCAUGAACAGAACUUUUGGAACAAACCGAGGAACCGCCUACAUCUUAUUUGACCACGAAGCCGACGCAGAAGCCGCAAUCUCGCACAUGCACGAAGCUCAAGUCGACGGUGCCACCAUCAACGUGUCGAUUGUGCUGCCACGGCGAAAACUCUCGCCGCCGCCCCCAACAGCCCGCAGGGGCGCCAACAUUGAUCCUCGAAUUCCCAUGUCGGGCCCUCGAGGUGGUGCCGGUCCGCCCGGACGUGGAGGAGGAUUCAACGCUGGCGGCGGUCGUCGUCGCGGCUCUCCAUCUAGUCGAUAUGGUCCCAGAUCGGAUGUGUACAGACCCUUGUCACGCUCGCCGUCCAGAUCUCCAGGAGCUCCUCCUUCCCGUGGCGGCGGCGGCCGAUACCGCAGCAGAUCUAAUGCUUCAUACUCGUCUCGUUCUCGGUCAAGGUCACCCGGACCGAGGCGACGAGGUGGUGGUGGGAGCGGCGCAGGCGGAGGGGGAGGGGGAGGGGGAGGAAGAUUCGAAGACGACAAUGACAGACGACGCAGCCGCAGCCGCAGUCAUGACAGCUACGGGGCCCGAAGCCGGUCUCGAAGUCCGCGAGGCUACCUAUGA